AAUAAUAACAUUUUUAUUUUUUUCUUUGGUCGUCAUAGUGCCGUUGGGCGUGGCUCAGUCAGUGAGUGCUUAUUAGUAGUGACAGAGAAGGAAUGAGAGUGACCAAAACCCUAGAAAUCUAUGAGAAUGUCAACAACUAGAGGUCCUGCCGGUGGAUCAAACGAGAUUCUUGAGCCUCGAAAUUGGCAAAGAGAGGAAUAUUGUCUCCAAAAAGGUUCGAAUUUUGCAGACAUGUCGGAUUGCCAAUGGAAUGAAGUGACUUUGAAUGAGGAAGAUCUUUCCUACAUGCUUGAUGAUGUAACUACCCCUGUUAAGGCAUGUGAGGAAUUGGCUUAUCAUGCUACUCAUAGUGAUAACAUAGACAAGGAACAAAUAGAACGAAGGGAGACAUCUUCACAAGUAAAGAGGCGAAGAAUGCUACAGUUUGAUACUGAAGUAGCAGAUUCAUCCUUAUUCAGCAAUGAGAUGCCAUCUGCAUUUCUAGCACCAAAUGAGAGGGAGAACCCAGUAGAUGAGGUUUUACCUGAAGCGUCACCUUGGAUUUCUGGGUUUUCAGAUGUGCCUGGCUCCAGUUUUGAGGGCAUUGAUCAGUCAUUUGAAGGAUGGCUUGCCCAAUGCCUAAAUGAUUCUGAGAUGAAUUUUAGCCCUGAUAAUAUGAACUUCUCUGGGGCAUCUGAUGGACAGAUUGAUAUUUCAGAUUUCAACAAUCCACCACCUGCAUGUGAUGCUAAUAUGGUUCAACAGCAUGCACCUAGAACGCCACAAAAUAUUGUUUUUAGAGGUAGAAAGUCUAUCAUAAGGACUCCAACUAAAUUAGCUUCUUCGGUUGCCUAUCCGUUUGCCUUCAUAAAACCAUGUGGUGUCCAAGGAGAUGUUACUCUGAAGGACAUAAACCAGCGGAUCCACACUCCAUCAAAAUCAAAGCAAAAUAUUGAAGAUCCUGCUGCCUACCCCACUUCGGCAUUUUCUGGGAAGCCUGUGGUUGGUAAAACUAAAAUUCGCACUGAAGGAGGAAAAGGCAGCAUCACAAUUAUGCGAACCAAAGGCUGAAUAGAUAAGUAUAAUUUCAGAUUUUUCCUUUUUGUGGCCCUUUCUUUUGGCCCCAUAAUAUUCUGGGUUGAGGGGUAUCUGUAUUAUUAUUCCAGGGCUGUCUAACUUAAAAAUUGAUAUUGAUAAUUUAUUUUUAGAGUUUUUAGAGUUUUU